ACUAACCCCUGCUCUGCAUCCAGCGCUGGGCCCAGCCUCCUACCACUAACCCCUGCUCUGCAUCCAGCGCUGGGCCUAGCAGGGACUCUCCGGCGGAGACUACAGGUCCGAGAGAAGCCAGGUCCGAGAGAAGCCAGGACCUUGGACAGCGAUCGGUCACACGAGCUGUCAGUUCACGGUAAGAGACGGCAUUGGCCAAGUUUACCAGAUUCGAUCGUUCUAAAGGACUUAAGAAGGCUCGGGUUCGGCUAAGAAGGAGCGCUAAGAUAGGGGUGUUUCCCAGACGCGUUCUUAACUGCCUUCUUAAGAUCCCGCCAAAGAAGCUUCUUAAGAAGCUCUUAGUGGGAGCUGCUCACCGCCGUGGUGCUGAAACUAAAUCAAUCGAUGCCAGGCAAAUCGAUCAGCCACCACUUUAUCAGCGCAUAAAUCACACACAACAACCUGUAGUACCCACACACAGGUGCAAUUAGGCUACACGCGCGCGCGCGUGUGUGCGUGUGAUCACAGCUAACAGGUGUAUCCAAGUAGUAAUCAAGCUCAUUAACGCACAUAUACCCCCCUGUGGCUAGGCACACACAUUUGAGAAUGGAAAAAACAGCCAGCAAACGGAGCAAGAGGUCACCCUCGUUUACCCCAGAGGAGAUGGCCGUAUUAGUGGACGAGGUCUGGCUGCACCGUGAUGAGUUAUUUGGGGGAACAAAGGGCAAAAAAGACAUCGAAUUAAAGAACCGAAUUUGGCAGGCCAUAGCCCAAAAGAUGUCCCCCUUUAGUCCCUGUGGCCUGCGAGACUGGGUUGCUGUAAGAAAAAAGUGGCAGGAGUUCCAAAGCCAAACCAAAAAAAAAUGUGCAAAGGUGAGGCAAGAGAACAUGGGCACAGGCGGCGGCGCACAUGGUGCUACAACCCUCACUCCGGAUGAGGAAAAAGUCCUUUCCAUAAUUGGAAAGACGGCCCCUGAAGGCAUUAGUGGGGGCAUCGAUCUUCUGUGGGACGAGGGCCUCUCAGAAAACAGCGAGGAGGAGGAGGAAGAGGAGCCAUCUGGGAGCAGAGCGGCGACAUACACGUCCCCAGGAGAGGACUACCCCCCACAACCGUGUCCUGUCCCCCCACGCCAACCAGCAGGGCCCUGUCCCCGCAUGCAGGGAGGCUUAACAGGGUGGCCCCCCGUAACGACCUGCACCUGCAACGAGACGCUGGUGCGUCUCGAGAGGAAGAAACUGGCGGUGUUGCGGGGGAUAGAGGGCCAACUGGAGAGACAGACUGCCCUCCAGGAGGAGAUGGUGCAGAUCAAACGCCAAAAGUUGGAGCUGCACCGGACACAGCUGGCACUUGCCGGGGCGCAGUUCAACCAUCCCUCCACCUCGAUCCCAAUAAUUCUACCCCAGGAUGGAGGCGAUUCAGAUGCAGACGUCCAGUAACGACAGGGCCGUUGCUAGGAAUUCUGGGCCCCCCUUUUUAUUGCCCAAGAUCAAUUUUACACCACGUUUUUUCUUAGACUAUAUGUAUUAAAUUUGUUUUCUUUAUUUUUCUGUUUCUCUAUGUUCUUGACAGUGCCUGACAUAGCUCUAGAGAAACAGCUUCACUUUAUUAUUGUAUGAGGACGGCAAGCUGUAAAAUUAGAUUAGUAACAUUAACAAGACUCAUGUCAACAGGCUACCAUAGCAGUUUAGUUUUAGUAAACACUCAUGUAAGAAUGGAAAAUUGUGUCCUACUGCUACUGGAAUUUUUGGACAGCCUAGCCUAUUAUAACAGCCUAGCCUAUUAUAACAGCCUAGCCUAUUAACAGCCUAGCCUAUUAACAGCCUAGCCUAUUAUAAUGUCAGCCUUGUCAGGCAAUUCUUUUACACUGCUGACCAUCGCUGAUAUUCUGGGCUCCUGAUGUGCUCCUGGCCUCUCUUUUUUCCUCUCCUCUCUUUUUUGGCGUCCCGAUUUAUGUUUCUGUUUUGGCAUUGUCAGUUCUCUAUUGAUCUCACCAAUUGGCUGCUGCUGCAGUUCGUGAGCAAUGCCGUUACGCUCAAAUUUUCAAAAGAGGAGCGAACCAUGGACCAAUUUUUUUUUUAAAAGAAGGGUGUUAUUUCUCGGAAAAUAUAACCUUUUUUUUUUUUUUUGGCUUGAUUUUGUGGCUUUGUUUUAACUCUGAUGCAUUAGUAUGACUAUUAGUUAGGCCUAUGCAUAAUAACUUAGUAAUAGAAAGGGAAGCCUACAUAAUAGGCUAAUGGGGUUUUUGUGGCCCCCCCCCUGGGCUGUGGGCCCCUAGAAUUGUCAUCACCUUUCACCCCUAAAUGACGGCCCUGACGACAGCGGUGCCACAGCUUUUAGUUUCUCUUAGUUUUGUUUUAUUUAUAAACUACUUUUCCUUUUCAA